CAACAGUGAAUUCGUGACUUUCCAUUUCUUUAAUCAUCGGAAAACCCAAAAAUUCUCUGUUCAAUCAAUCUUUCCAUCCCCACCAAUCGCCAUGGAUUGGGUUCGUGGCGAAAUGAUCGGCCAUGGGAGUUUCGGCAAAGUGAGCUUGGCAGUGCCGGCAAGUCAGACCAGCGCCGCCGUUCCACCGGCGGCGAUGGUUGUCAAGUCUUGCUUGGCGUCGAGCGCCGCUUCUUUGUUGAACGAGAGAAUUGUGUUGGAGGAGCUCCAAGGUUGUCCGGAGAUUAUCCGGUGUUUUGGCGGCGGGUAUAGCGUUGAGAAGGGGGAGAAAUUGUACAAUGUGUUGUUGGAGUUUGCUUCUCAGGGGAGUUUAGCCGACAAGGUUAAGAAUUCCGACGAUCGCAGGUUGUCGGAAUUCGAAGCUCGGAGGUAUGCUAAAGGGUUGGUUAGAGGGCUAACCUUUGUUCAUAAGAGUGGGUAUGUUCACUGUGAUAUUAAGCUUCAGAACAUUCUUUUGGGCGACGAUGGUGGAGUUAGGAUCGCAGAUUUCGGGUUGGCUAAGAGGGACCGGGAGGGAGUGAGGAAUUCGGGAUUUGAAUUGAGGGGAACUCCGAUGUAUAUGUCGCCGGAAAUGGUCGCCGGAGGGGAACAGGGGACAGCGGCGGAUAUAUGGGCUCUUGGAUGUGCGGUGGCGGAAAUGGUCACCGGAGCUCCGGUGUGGAAAUGUUCAGAUGCUGUGGGACUGUUGAUGAGAAUUGGGGUUGGGGAGGAAGUGCCGGAAAUCCCCGGCAAGCUAUCGGAGGAAGGGAAAGAUUUCCUCGGAAAAUGUUUUGUAAAGGAUCCAAGAACAAGAUGGACGGCGGAGAUGCUUUUGAGUCACCCAUUCGUGGCGGAUCAUGAUGAUGAUGAGCUUUCUUCUCCGUCAAAUUCUCCAAGAUGCCCAUUUGAUUUCCAGGAUUGGGUAUCUGAAGCAGAGCUCCUUGAAUCGUGUCUGACAAUUCUGCCCUCGCCGGAGCCGGAAUAUUCUCGUUCCAAAUCGCCGGCGGAGAGGCUGCCGGGACUAGUUAGUGAUAACCUACCCAUCUGGUCUGAAGAUGGUGACAGUUGGAUCAGCGUUAGGUGAUGGCACCUUCAAAAUUCAGGGCUUAAAAAGAUUUUUUAUGUGCAACUCAUUCCUUAUUCAGUUUUCCUGAUUAAAUUUGAUUAGGAAGAUUUUUUGAUUUUUGAUUUUAAUGUACAUAACAUAUUGAGGGAAUUGAGUAUGCAUGAAAGAUGAAAUGGUGUUAUCAUAAA